UAGAAUAAGUGAAUAACUUGAGGUCUUUAAUGCAACUUUGGCUCAUGGUUUCGAGAUUCUCCCUCCGUUCGCACGCUCUUGUUAUUUGCAAAUUUCAAGUAUCGACGCCUUCCGGAUGUUAUAGAAGGCAGCCUGGUUUGAGAGUUGUUGUGUCGGGCACUGAUUAAAUAGCUAGCUAUGGCAAUAACGGAGAAGAGGGUUUUUGAUUCAGAGGAAGAUUUGGCUGUUUCUCUCGCCAAAUACGUCGCCCAUUUGUCUGACCACUUUUCUAAGAAGAAGGGUCUUUUCACUGUGGUUCUCUCUGGUGGAUGCCUCAUCGAAUGCCUCAGGAAAUUGGUGGAACCACCCUAUGUUGAUUCCAUAGACUGGUCGAUAUGGCACAUAUUUUGGCUGGAUGAGAGAGUUGUACCCAAGACUCAUGUUGACAGCAACUACAAACUCGCUUUUGAUGGUUUUCUCUCUAAGGUUCCAAUUCCCCCUAGUAACGUGUAUGCCAUUGAUGAUGCUCUAUCAGCUGAGGGUGCAGCUGAAGAAUAUGAAGCACGUCUGAAGCAUUUGGUGAAUACCAAAGUGAUUGAUGUCUCGGCCAAAAGCGGUUUCCCUAAAUUUGAUCUGAAUCUUCUUGGAAUGGGACCAGAUGGGCACGUGGCUUCUUUAUUCCCAGGACAUCCCCUUCUGAAAGAGAAUAAGAAAUGGGUUACCUUCAUCAAGGAUUCUCCAAAACCACCUCCAGAGAGAAUCACUUUAACCUUUCCAGUUAUCAACUCAUCAGACUACAUUGCUCUUGUGGUGCCUGGUGCUGCCAAAGCAGAUGCUGUGUACAUUGCAUUAGGAGGAGGAAAUCCUCCCUGUGCUGAAACUUUACCUGUUCAAAGGGUUGCUCCAGAAGGCACUCUGACGUGGUUCUUGGACAAGGAUGCUGCUUCCAAGCUCUAAUGCAUAAUGAGAUAUGUCUAUCAGUUUUCAUCUAAUCUAAUCUAAUCUUAGUUAUUUCCCGCAUCUCUGCUGGGUUGUAGCUUGUUGUAGGGCAUCAUCUGAAAAUAAAAAGCCUGUGCAUGAUAGACAUUUUGUAUUUUCUAUUAUUAGAAUGUCUUUUCGAUGCAUAGAAAAGUGUUCUCGUCGAUUGUUUCAA